UCCUUUCUAGAGAACAUAUAUAAGUGUUCAUCAAAAGAACUGAACACUAAAAUUGCUGAAAAUAUUAAUCCACAUAAGAGGAUGCGAGAGCCUGAAGAUUAUACGCACGUAUUCAGGCGCAAAACAACCAGAGAACUCCUAAGCUUAAGUUGCUCGGUAAUGGGCAUAGAAUUUGCUUAUGCGGCCGAGACAGCGUUUGUAACUCCGGCUCUACUUCAGAUUGGAAUUCCGCACAAAUGCUUGUCUUUUGUCUGGGCACUAUCACCAUUUAUCGGGUUCUUCGCAGGGCCACUACUUGGUUCCAUGAGUGAUCGAUGCACAUCAUCUUAUGGACGACGCAGACCAUUCAUUUUUGUGCUAGCGAUUCUAAUUGUUAUAGGAUUGUUGCUGCUACCGAAUGGAGAAGUUUUGGGACACUUUUUAGGUGAUGAUUUUGAAUAUUUUAAUCAUACCAAUUUUAAAGAUAUACAUCCUCAUCGAAUAAGUGCAUCUACAGCAGAUGUAGAAGAUCAUUCGAAUAAGAUGGAGUCACAUAAAUGGGGAGUUAUUUUGACGAUACUAGGUACUGUUUUGUUAGAUUUUGCAUCGGAUGCUUCACAAAGCCCGGCGAGGGCUUAUCUGGUCGACAUGUGUAUUCCAGAAGAUCACGCUAGAGGAUUAAGCAGUUUUACCAUACUCGCCGGUCUUGGAGGAACGUUUGGCUAUUCAUUGGGAGCAAUAGAUUGGGAUUAUACUUUUAUCGGUGAAAUGCUAGGUGGACACAUGAACGCGGUUUUCACACUAGUUGCAAUCAUAUUUAUUCUCUGUGUUUUCACUACAUUAACCAGUUUCAAAGAAAUUCCACUUGACGAAUUACAGAGUGUUAUAGAAAUGAACAAGAAGAGUCAAAUAGCAACUGGGCCUUUUGACAACAUUGAAAAUCAAUUUAGUAUUUCUGAAAAACCAAUAAACCUGGAAAAUAUAUCAGUUUAUGGAACGCUAAAUGAAAAAGUAACUGAGGAAACCGUGGUACAUCAAAGGACAUCAGCUAAUUCGACCUUAAGUAAAAGUCCAUCAACGUGCGAUUCGCAUGUUGCUCUUGAAGAACACAUGCCCUUAUCGCAUUACUUAAAAACAAUAUUCAAGUUGCCAAAAUCUAUACGAAUGAUCUGCGUAACGAAUUUAUUCUGCUGGAUGGCUCACGUCUGUUACUCGCUCUAUUUCACUGAUUUUGUUGGAGAAGCUGUUUUUCAUGGAGAUCCAAAGGCGCCUCCAGGUUCCGAGAGCAGAGCACGAUUUGAACAAGGUGUCAGGUUUGGAUGUUGGGGAAUGGCUGCUUAUUCAUUGAGUUGUUCUUUCUACUCAAUAAUUAUUUCAAAACUCAUAAAAAGAUACAGAUCUAAGAAAGUAUAUGUUGGUGGAGUAUUAGUUUACAGUGCAGGAAUGCUGAUGAUGGCUAUUUUUAAAAACCGUUUCGUUGUGAUUGUUCUAAGUGGCGCAGCAGGAAUUAUGUAUUCAACUUUGUUCACAAUGCCAUAUUUGCUAAUUGCAAAAUAUCAUGACAAAAACGCCUUUGAAACAAAUGAACAAGGUGAGCCAAUUGAAACGGGUCAAAAACGAGGACUAGGAACCGACAUUGCAUUAGCAGGAAGCAUGGUUUUCAUAGCCCAAUUAGUUCUUUCUCUGUGUGUUGGUUUUCUGGUAAAUUUAGCUGGCACUACAACUAUUGUUAUAGCUGCAGCUAGCGUAUUAGCUUCUUGUGGAGCAAUAUUUGCAGCAAAUAUAAUGUUUCUUGAUUAAUUUCUUUGAAACCCUAAAUGCAACAGAUAUUUAUGAAACAAAUUGAUGCAUCAAUUAUAUUGGUGGGGUAGAGCGGGGCACAAAGGUCCAAUUUGACUUUGAGCACUUAUAUUGUAAAAACCAAACCAAUUAUAUCUCAAAAUAACAUAUCAAACAAACGAUU